AUGCAGGCAUUCCGUCGCAACACCUUCUCGGCCCUCCGAAAUGUCGGCCAGCAGCGUACUCAGACCACCUCUGCCUACGCCAGCACCGUGAACAACCUGCGCAUCAACAAGGACACCCGGGUUCUCUUCCAGGGCUUCACCGGAAAGCAGGGAACCUUCCACGCCGAGCAGGCUAUUGCCUACGGUACCAAUGUCAUUGGUGGUACCAACCCCAAGAAGGCCGGCAGCACUCACCUCGACCGCCCCGUCUUCGCUACCGUUGAGGAUGCCGUGAAGCAGACCGGUGCCACCGCUUCUGCCAUCUUCGUCCCUCCCCCUCUGGCUGCUGCCGGUAUCGAGGAGGCCAUCGCUGCUGAGAUGCCCCUUGUUGUUUGCAUUACUGAGGGUAUCCCCCAGCACGACAUGGUCCGCAUUACCGACAUGCUCAAGACCCAGAACAAGACCCGCCUGGUCGGCCCGAACUGCCCCGGUAUCAUUGCUCCCGGCCAAUGCAAGAUCGGUAUCAUGCCCGGUUUCAUCCACAAGCGCGGUCGCGUCGGUAUCGUCUCCCGUUCCGGUACCCUGACCUACGAGGCCGUCAACCAGACCACCCAGGCCGGCCUUGGUCAGUCCCUUGUCGUCGGUAUCGGUGGUGACCCCUUCUCCGGCACCAACUUCAUCGACUGCCUGAAGAUCUUCCUCGAGGACCCCGAGACCGACGGUAUCAUCAUGAUUGGUGAGAUCGGUGGUUCCGCCGAGGAGGACGCUGCCGAGUUCUUCAAGGCCAACAACAUCCACAACAAGCCCGCCGUUUCCUUCAUUGCCGGUAUCUCCGCUCCCCCCGGCCGCCGUAUGGGUCACGCCGGUGCCAUCGUCUCCGGUGGUAAGGGUGGUGCCGACUCCAAGAUCGCCGCCCUCCAGGACGCCGGUGUUAUUGUCGAGCGCUCCCCCGCCGCUCUCGGCAAGUCUCUGCUUGCUGAGUUCGUCAAGCGCGACCUUGUUUAA